AUGGGUUUGCUCUCCAGUGGCAGAUUCAAGUCAAAGGUGGGAGCUUCUUCUGCAGAAGCUAAGUCGUUUGAUUCUGAAGGGGCACCUCAAGAGGUUUUUGCUUGGUCUUCUGUUAUUUUGCCAUUUCUGUUCCCCGCCUUGGGUGGUUUGUUAUUUGGUUAUGACAUUGGUGCAACCUCUGGAGCUACCAUCUCAUUGCAGUCACCUGAGCUUAGUGGCACAAAUUGGUUUAACCUUUCAGCCGUUGAACUCGGUCUAGUGGUUAGCGGUUCCCUUUAUGGAGCUCUUCUCGGUUCCGUCAUUGUUUACCCAAUUGCAGAUUUCCUCGGAAGGAGAAGAGAACUUAUCACUGCAUCUGUCCUUUACGUAUUUGGUGGUUUGUUGACUGCUUAUGCUCCUGGUCUCGGGGUUCUAUUAGUAGGUCGGCUUCUAUAUGGUCUUGGUAUUGGUAUGGCCAUGCAUGGGGCACCUCUUUACAUAGCAGAGACUUGUCCCUCUCAGAUUCGGGGAACUUUGAUAUCUCUAAAGGAGCUCUUCAUAGUUCUGGGUAUAUUGUUGGGUUAUUUUGUUGGUAGUUUUGAAAUUAAUGCUGUUGGAGGAUGGCGUUACAUGUAUGGAGUCAGUGCUCCUAUUGCCUUAGUUAUGGGGUUAGGUAUGUUGAGUCUCCCACCAUCCCCACGAUGGUUGCUUCUUCGGGGUGUUCAAGGUAAAGGGCCCUUGCAAGAAUACAAAGAGAAGGCCAUCAUUGCUUUACAAAGGCUAAGAGGCUGGUCCACUGGUGACAAAGUCUCUGAAAAGCAAAUUGAAGAUACCCUUGUCUCACUGAAAUCUGCAUAUACUGAUCAGGACUCAGAAGGAAGUUUUUUAGAGGUGUUUCGGGGGCCGAGUUUGAAAGCAUUUAUAAUUGGUGGAGGAUUGGUACUUUUUCAACAGAUAACUGGGCAGCCUAGUGUUCUGUAUUAUGCUGGUUCGAUUCUUCAGACUGCUGGAUUCUCUGCGGCUGCUGAUGCUACAAAAGUUUCGGUCAUCAUUGGCAUUUUUAAGUUUCUGAUGACCGGAAUAGCUGUCCUAAAGGUUGACGAUCUUGGGAGACGACCCUUGCUGAUUGGAGGUGUCGGAGGGAUUGCCCUCUCUCUGGUGCUUCUUUCUGCUUAUUACAAAUUUCUUGGAGGAUUUCCUUUUGUAGCUGUGGCUGCUCUACUUCUCUACGUGGGCUGCUAUCAGAUAUCGUUUGGACCUAUUAGUUGGCUUAUGGUAUCAGAGAUAUUCCCACUCCGCACAAGAGGAAAGGGCAUUAGUCUUGCUGUGCUAACGAAUUUUGGCUCCAAUGCCAUAGUAACCUUUGCUUUCUCGCCACUUAAGGAGUUUCUUGGAGCGGAAAAUCUUUUUCUUCUAUUUGGCGCAAUUGCUCUGCUUUCUCUUUUGUUUGUGAUUUUCUAUGUUCCUGAGACCAAAGGCUUGAGCUUGGAAGACAUUGAGUCCAAAGUUUUAAGUGAUAAGUGA